GUAAUCAGGUCUGCGAUUUUGUUUCUUUCUCGCAACUAACACAUGCAUGCGUUUUCGCAAUACUAUGUACAUGAACCUGUGUACGGGGAUAAGCAGAGAAAAGAUCUCAGAUGUUCCCACUCCACUACUUCUAGUGGUCUAAACGCUCUUUGACAAACGCAACGAUAUAUUGCUUGCUGGCCAAGUUUUCUAUACCUGCUUUUUUUGCUAUCCUCAGUUUGUUUGUUUUUAAGUAUUAUAUGUGUCUUGUGUUUGCUGCAGGGCGCCAAAGGUUUGCACUUUAGUGCUCUUCAUUUCAAAUUAAUGGCAAGCAUUUUUGUUUCAUAUCAUACUGUUUUUCCCUUACCACAGUUUGCCACGUCACAAGAUUUCACGCAAAAUUAAAGGAUUCUCCUUUGUUGAGUUUGCCACUGUUCAAGAAGCCAAUGCUGCUGUCGAGUAUUUCAAGGCAGGAGCCAAGCCACAAACAAUAUCGGCUUCGCAGAAACCAAACAAAUGUAGUGCAGAUGGGAAAGAUAGUGGCAAAAGCAAGAAACAGAGUGAGAGAGAGGAAGGAAAAAGAGGUGAAGAGAAGAGUGGAGGGGAUGGAGCGGGAGAGAAAGGAAGAGAAGUGGAGGGAGAGGGAGAGAAGGGGAGAGAAGAUGAUGGAAAGAUGGAGAUGGAAGGUGAAGUGGUUGAGGAUAGACAAGGAGUUAAAGACGUCGAAAAAAACGAGGAAACGGAGAAAGCAAAGGAGAAGGAAAAGGAGGAAGAAGAAGAGUCUGGGAACAGGAAGAGAAAGAGAGGAACAGGGACACCUGAGAUUGGUGAAGAAUCAGCUCCAGACACCAAGAAGUCCAGGAGUGGUAAGGAUGCGGGAGGAGCCACAGAUCCACAAGAAGAAGAUAAACAAACACUACCAGAGAAAGAACAUGUGAGGGAGAAAACUGAGGAGGUGAGGGGCAUUGGGGAAGGGACAGAAGCCACCAGCCUGUCAACCGCUCCCCUCACAAAAGAAGAAGAUGGAGCAUGUCCAGAGGUGUCAGCCCAGUCCAGGAAGAGGAAGAGACAGGAUGAGGGGAGAGGGGAGGAAAGGGGAGAGGGAGAUGAAGAGGGAAGGAAUAAACCUGGCAGCAAAAGUACCAGAAUCGAUCCUGAGAGUCCCAGCAACAUUGGCAACCGCAGCAAUGGUGAUAACUACAAAACUUGUCUCAGGAGAGAGUGGCUGGAGAUGAGGAAGAUAUUCCGAGACCUGCAGAAGGAGAAGAUCCGAGAGAUGAAGGAGCAGCUGGAGGAGGGAGAGGGAGAGGGGAAGAAGAGGGGCAAGGAGUAUGUGGGGAAGUGUCUGGUUAUGGUGGAGGGGGUGGGAGUGGGGGAGGGAGAGGACCUGGUCUCUAUCAAAAAAGUAGAGGAAAUAUGUUCGAAGUAUGGGGCAGUGGCCUACACUGACAUAAAAGAAGGGGAAUCAGAGGGGUACAUCCGCUUUGCCAAGUCAGGAUGUGCGGAGAAUCUGGUGAAUGAUGUGUCUCUGGCCCAUGUCAAGUUUUCUGCUGUCUCUGACGCGGAUGAGAGGGCCUACUAUCUUAAGACAAUGGCAGCCAGGAAGCAGAAACAGAGGUGGAAAAAGAAACGGAACAUCCGGGGCCAGGACAAGAUAAUCACAGCCGUGCCCUGCAGCAGCCCAGGGAGUCUACACCAAAGCUGACCGCAACAAGGUGUUCCUCCCCUGCUCCAGCCCCCACACACAUCAGAUUCUCUGACAGUAACAAUGAGUAAUGAAAAUAUGCAAACCACCAUCAGAGUAUCGCCUUCUCUGGUCAUGUCAUCUAAUUAAUUUAUUUAUGUGUCAUGUGUAAAACAAUUUGGG